AUGCUGAUGCUGUUGUUGCAAUGUGAAAUGAUGCGCAACCAUGAACGGACAGCUGAAUCCAGUUUACGAGUGGUCAUCGCAGUCUUUAUUGCACCAGGAACACCGACUUGUGUGGUACUUUUUGCUGCUGCUUGCUUUCGUCAGCCAGGCAUGACCAGUCUCGCGCAGCAACACAAAAUAGUGGUAGUGGCAGCCGCAACAGUGGCAGCAGCAUAA